AUGAGUCGAGGAGUGUUCCUCAGCCGGAGCGUCGCCGCCGUCUGCGGGGUGGCCGCCGUGGCCGCCGUGGCCGCCAUCAUCGCUCUGUCCGUGCUGUACGCCCAGGAGAAGGCCAAGAACGGGGCGGAGCCGGGGCCCACCUCCGAGCCCACCGACCCCCCCGCCACCCCCACACCGUCCGGGCCCGAGGGGCCGUGGCAGCGCCACAGGCUGCCGGACUCGCUCAGGCCGCUCUCCUACAACGUGACCCUGUGGCCCCGGCUGGAGCCCCGCCCGGGGGACGGACUCUACUUCUUCACGGGGAACUGCUCGGUGGUCUUCAGGUGCGAGAAAGAGACGGACCUGAUCCUCAUCCACUCCAACAAGCUGAACCUGACCACCUUCGGGGGGCACCACGCCCUGCUGACGGCUCUGGACGGCGCCGCGGUGCCAAACGUGAGAAAGACCUGGCUGGAGGUCCCCACCCAGUUCCUGGUGGUCCAGCUGGACGGCCAGCUGCAGGUGGGCCGCAGCUUUCAGCUCUACACCGAAUUUGAGGGAGAACUGGCCGACGACCUGGGAGGGUUCUACCGGAGCGAGUACGAAGAGGGCGGAGCCAAGAAGGUCGUGGCCACCACUCAGAUGCAGCCCACGGACGCCAGGAAGGCCUUCCCCUGCUUCGACGAACCGGCCAUGAAGGCGGUUUUCAACAUGGUCCUCAUUCACCCGCUCGGCACCGUGGCGCUGUCCAACGGCAUGAACCACGAGCCGGUCAACGUCACAGACCAGGGCCAGACUUGGACCCGCACCAGCUUCGAGCCCACCGAGCGCAUGUCCACCUACCUGCUGGCCUUCGUCAUCUCCGACUUCACCUUCAUCGGCACGGACGGCAGCGCCGACGUUCUGAUCAGGAUCUGGGCUCGCAAGAGGGCCAUCGAGGAGGGUCAGGGUGACUAUGCUCUGGAGAAAACUGGUCCCAUCCUGGCCUUCUUUGAGAAGUACUACAACUCUCCCUACCCGCUCAGCAAGUCCGACCAGAUCGCUCUGCCGGACUUCAGCGCCGGCGCCAUGGAGAACUGGGGACUGAUCACCUACCGAGAGACGGCGCUGCUCUACAACCCUGAGGUGUCGUCCAACGGAGACAAGGAGUGGGUGGCCACCGUCAUCGCCCACGAGCUGGCCCACAUGUGGUUCGGGAACCUGGUGACCACUCGGUGGUGGAACGACUUGUGGCUCAACGAGGGCUUCGCCACCUACGUCUCGUACCUGGGAGCGGACCACGCCGAGCCCACCUGGAACAUGAGGGAUCUGAUGGUGCUGAACGAGAUCGUGGGCGUGAUGAGCGUGGACGCUCUGACCACCUCCCACCCGCUGUCCAGCGAGGAGGCGGAGAUCCAGACGCCGGCGCAGAUCAGCCAACUCUUCGACGCCAUCACCUACAGCAAGGGCGCCGCUGUGCUGCGGAUGCUGUCCAGCUUCAUCACAGAGGAGCUCUUCGCUCAGGGUCUGCAGACGUACCUGGAGGAGUUCAAGUACCAGAACACGGUGUACAGGGACCUGUGGAGGCACCUGCAGGCGGCGGUGGACAACUCCAGCAUCGCCCUCCCCGACUCUGUGGAGGUCAUCAUGAACCGCUGGAUCCUGCAGAUGGGCUUCCCGGUGGUCACCAUCGACACGCGGACGGGACGUGUUGCUCAGCAGCACUUCCUGUCCGACCCUGACGCCGUGGUGACCCGGCCCUCGCUCUACAAUUACGAGUGGUUCGUCCCGCUCACCUGGAUCAAGACCGGGGCAGCAGAACAGAGCUCCUGGCUCCUUCGGCAGAACGACACAGACCCGGCGCUGACUCUGGGGCCCGAGGACUGGCUGGUGGCCAACGUGGACAUGAAGGGCUUCUAUAGGGUCAACUACGACCCGCUGAACUGGGAGCGCCUCCUGUCCAAGCUGGAGUCCCGACACCAGGACAUCCCGCUCAUCAACCGAGCUCAGAUCAUCGACGACGCCUUCAACCUGGCCCGGGCCAACCUGGUCAGCACCACUCUGGCUCUGAGGACCACCAGGUUCCUCCGCGCAGAGGUGGACUACAUGCCGUGGCAGAGCGCCAGGCGCAACCUGGACUACUUCUUCCUCAUGUUUGACCGCAGCGAGGUGUACGGGCCCAUGCAGGCCUACAUCAGGACCCGGGUGGCUCCUCUCUUCCAGCACUUCCAGGACCUGACGGCCAACUGGACCUCCAUUCCUGACAAGCACACUGACCAAUACAACCAGGUCAACGCCAUCUCCCUGGCGUGCAGCAGUGGGGUGGAGGGCUGCUCUCAACUCACCUCCCGCUGGUUCUCCCAGUGGAUGAAGGACCCCUCCUUCAACAUCAGCCCCAACCUGAGGUCCACCGUCUACUGUAACGGCAUCGCUGCCGGCAGCAAGGAGGAGUGGGACUUUGCCUGGUCCCAGUACACGAAGGCCAGCGUGGCUUCGGAGGCGGACAAACUCAUGUACGCGCUGUCCUGCACGCGCGAGCCCUGGCUGCUCAACAGGUACCUGACCUACUGUCUGGACCCGCAGAAGAUCCGGAAGCAGGACGCCACCAGCACCAUCGUCUACAUCGCCAGCAACCCGGCGGGCCAGUCGCUGGCCUGGGACUUUGUCAGAGCCAACUGGAAUCACCUGUUCAACGACUACGGCGGCGGCUCCUUCUCCUUCUCAAGUCUCAUCAGUGGCGUCACCAAGCGCUUCUCCUCAGAGUUCGAGUACGAGCAGCUGGAGCACUUUAAAGAGGAGCAUGCGGGUCAGCUGGGUUCUGCCACCGCCGCCGUGGAGCAGGCGCUGGAGAGGACCAGGGCCAACAUCAAGUGGGUCGACCAGAACAAGAGGGAAGUGCUGGACUGGUUCACUGCUGAAGCUGUUGCUUUCUAA